AUGCAGAACACCACAAUCAACUCCUACGGCAUGAUCAGAAACCCAUACCUUGACUACCUGUACCAAGGCCAGUACGAUUACGAGCUCCUCAACAACAUCAAGAACAACGCCAACCAGCACAUUGGCGACUACAAGGCCCUUGCGGCUAAGCCACUAGCCCAGCACGAUGCUUUCCUAGACACUGUUAGGGACCAUGCUUACCACGUCCCCGCCUACUUCGACCGAAGCGAAGCGCCCAAAAAUACACAUGAGCAUGCCAGAGAAGAGGUGAAGCUCGAAUUUGACCCUCCACUCAGCCAUUAUGCGGAGCUUAGAGGUGGUCUGCCGAUUGGCUAUGUCUGGAUCCCACCAAGUUCUCCCGAACCUGAGCCUAUGCCACGCAAGGCAACUCCGGAGGAAGACGUCGUUCCCGUCACUCCGUCAAGGCCAGUCAGGACUGUGACUACUAUUAAGAAGCCCAAGAGGAAGAAGACUGUCAUUUUCGCCUUCAGCCCUUUGCAAAAGAAGCGCAAGCGAGAGACUACCGCCGAGUACCAUAUGCGCUUCACCAGUCCGCUUUCGGAAGAGCUGUCGGAUGCGCCUAGUGGUUUGCUGACACCUGAGCCGAGAGAACUUGUACUGCAUCGCAGGUAG